CUCAAGCUGCACAUCUUAACUCAGUAGAUGGUUCACUGCAGUCUUUUCCUUUAAACAGAAAUACUCAGGACAUCCCCAGUGUCAGUGCUUCACAGAACUUAGUCAUGAAAUGGCCCUGAUAGGAACAUGCUGUUACAACUGACAUCUUCCUUCACCUUGAGGCUUUGUCCACUUUCCUCCUCACAGCCUUCCUACCACCGCUCCAUCAUGUGGCAUCUGAUCCUGUGGACACCGCACCCCCAGUGGUCACCAAAACACUUAAAGCUGGUCACUGUCUACGUGCUGGUGCUCUUGGUAUCGCUCAGCUUUGCUUCAAGACAGAGCAGACCUUUUAAACAUCAGAUAGACAAUAGAAGCCCCGAGAUCGACCCCUUUUGGUACGUGGGACGUGGAGUUCGACCCAUUGGUCGGUUUGGGAAGAGGCAGCUGAGAGGCGGCAGUGGAAGCUUGAGGCCCAUGAGCAGACGCCUGGAUUUCAUCCUGAACGCCUUGUGGGAGCAGGAAGUGUUGGACGCAGAGGACAGCGACUGGUGACGGCCGUGUCCCAAGGCACUGACCUAAACUCUGCUGUCUGAAUUGCCCCUGCCCUGCACCUCAGGGCUCUGCUUUAGCCCGGCAGUCCUAUGCUGCUCCUCUCUCUGCUCCUCCUGCAAGUUCCUUCAAGAAGAAACACAUUCAGGAUGCAGGUAAAAGACAAUGCAUUGACACCAGCAGUAAGUGUAACUGUAGCUUUAAAAAGUGUUUCUUGCCUCUUUCACCUUCACCAUUCCCUUCUCUGAGCUGUGAGGAUGCUGUGCACUGUAACAUUACAUUUACCCAAAAUCCAAAGAGCUCCUGUGCUGGGAUUUAAACUCAGCAGUGUUAGUGUACCAUUAAACCUUCCUGUCACAUUUUAAAGUCAAUGGCUGUUGCUGUGUAAAAAUAAAAAGCAGUGGUUGGACAAAAGAAAAAAGGCUCUCACUAAUGUUUAAUGUACCUGCAUCAACGGCAUGAAAUCUGUAGCUUUUAUGCAGAUUGUUAGCAGUCACUUGUGGGAAUGCAGCCCUGAACUACGCUCUGGCCUUUUAUGAUUAUUGCUGUGCUGCUGAAGAUACAUUAAUGAACAAAAAGGAGCUUCUGUCAAAGAUAACUAUCUUCUCUCUGCUGAAGGACAGAAAAUUAAAAAAUAAUAAUUAUUUAAAAAAUGCAAGGUUUUGCACUUGGGUCAAGAUA